AUGAUACCGAUGAAUCGUCUGUCGUGUCUACUUUAUGCGUUGGCCUCUAGCCUUAUCAUAAUGAGUAACACAGGCGUGUCGGCCCAGACAAGCACCGUGUGGAUCAGAAACUCCUUGCAUAGCCACAAAGAUCUCAUAGUCCACUGCAAAUCCUACAUGGAAGAUAUGGGAUACCAUAGAGUGCAUUCCACAGGAUCCUACAGUUUGCGUUACAGAGAAGUAGAAAAUGAUGAUGAUUACACAGUAUUCUGUCGUCUAUGGCAAGGACCUAAUUUCAAGCAUCACCAAGUCUUUGAUGUUGACAACGGCAACAUAUGGGAAGCUAGAGAAGACGGUAUAUACCUAUCUUUAGACCUCCGCAAGCCCGCGUUCGUGUAUAGUUGGGAUGAUCGUACAUCAAAAGCCUCUUCGUUGAGGUCGACUUACGUUUCUUUAAAGAUCCUAAGAGUUGCAUACUUGCAUCUACUUACAAUUAUAUAUAGAAUCCAAGUGACUGAUAAUUAUUAUUAUUCCCUUAAAAUUCUCAAACGACUGCGGUUCAUCGACGAGUCGGCUAAAAUUGUAACGGUUAACGGCGAUGUCCGGAAAUACGAUGUCGCAGUGUUAGCGUCUCAGGUUCUGGAAGCGGAAUUGAUGGCUUCUUCUUCUUCCUCAUCGUCUCGGUCUUCUUUUGAUUUUCUCUGCAAUUCGGAUUUCUCUAUUACGACGAUUUCAUCCCGGCGAUCGAAUUGGAAGAUAUUCUCCAGGCUGAUCAAAUUUAUUUCGUUCUACCGAUCUCCAAACGCCAGUACCGCCUCACGGCCUCCGACAUGGCAGUUCUCGCGGUGA